AUGGCCAUAUACAGAGACCCAAGCAUCCGGCCAAGUCUAGAGCCACACAGAUAUCACAUCCAAGACCACGAGCGCCAAUUCUUUCUCCUCCUCACCGGCAUCAAAGAUGACCAGCAAUUAAGGGGCCAUAUCUUGGCUGUCCAGCAAAAAGCCUAUCAGGUUCACACUAUUCUUUUCCAAUUCACAUCAGCUCACCCUCUUCAAGAUCCACAGCUACGCCUGCAUCCGUCGUUUUUCUUUCAUCAAAUUGCCCAAAUUCCGGGAUACUACAACGCACUCAAGCUACUCGACAAACGCACAGAUCCCAUCCUCCUCGAUCUAGGCUGCUGCUUUGGAAAUGACAUAAGAAAAGCAGUCGUCGACGGCUGGCCCGUCCAAAAUGUUAUAGCCUCCGACCUCCGCCAAGAAUUCUGGGAUGCAGGCCACGAGCUCUUCAAAUCCACCCCCGAGUCCUUCCCAGCAGCUUUCAUCGCAGGCGACAUCUUUGACCCCUCCAUGCUCGACAUCGACAUCGACAUAGCACCAACCCCCACAGACAACGAUAUCCGCCCACUCACCUCCCUCACCACCCUAACCCCUCUAAAGCACCGCGUAUCCGCAAUCCACGCCUCCUCCUUCUUCCACCUCUUCAACGAGGACCAACAGCGCUUGCUCGCACUGCGCCUCGCAGCGCUCCUCCUCCCAGAGCGCGGGAGCAUCAUCUUCGGCCAGCACGGCGCGCGCCCGGAGAAGGGGUUCCGUAUCGAGGUUGCGGCCAACUCUUCCGCAGACGCAGAACCCAACCCCACCAAACACGCAAUGUUCUGCCACUCCCCCGCAAGCUGGAAACACCUCUGGGAACAAGACAUAUUCGGGCCCCAUCAACCCACCCGCGUCAGAGUCGACGCCGAACUCCAGGAAACGACGAAUGAACGCUGGGAUUUCGAGGAUUUGGGCACGAACUUGAAGGUUUACGUUAUGAAUUGGUCUGUUGAGGUUAUUUGA